AUGGCUGGCCCCAAAUUAAAAUCGAAAAGCCUUGUCUCUCUCUCUACGCUUCUGCUGUUGUUCUCUCUCCUCUCCACUGCCGUCGUCGUCGCCGACGAUGGUGUGUUCAUGUCGAAGCUGGAAAAAGCAAUCAGCCCAAGAGGGUGGUCGGCGACCACCGCAUUUUGCAGCUGGAACGGCGUGAAGUGUGACAGUUCAAACCGGGUGACCACUAUCCAUCUGGCUUCCGAGUUACUUACUGGAACACUCCCUUCCGAUCUGAACUCACUCUCCCAACUCACAGACCUCUCUCUCCAGGGAAACUCUCUCUCCGGUUCGUUACCCUCCUUGGCGAACCUCACCAUGCUCAUAACAGUGUACCUCGACGGCAACAACUUCACCUCCAUCCCUGACGGUUGCUUCCAAGGGCUAACCAGCUUGCAGAACCUAAGUUUAACCUACAACAUCAACCUCGUACCCUGGACGUUUCCCGCCGAGUUGACUCAGUCAAUUGACCUCGUCCAACUCGACCUCGGAAACUCAAACAUCAUGGGUUCCUUGCCCGAUGUGUUCGAUUCCUUUGUCAGUUUGCAGGGCCUUGAUAUCUCUUACAACAACUUCACUGGUAGUUUGCCCAAAUCCUUCGCGGGAUCUGGGAUUAAGAAUUUGUGGCUCAAUAAUCAGAGAAAUGAGUUUGGCUUCUCGGGUUCAAUUUACGUGCUUUCUUCCAUGACCUCCUUGUCUCGGGUGUGGCUUAUGGAGAACCAGUUCACGGGUCCAAUUCCGGAUUAUUCAAAUUGUACCAACUUGUUUGAUCUUCAGCUUAAGGACAAUUUGUUAACUGGUGUGGUUCCACCUUCUUUGAUGGCUCUCUCUAGCUUAGGUUUCGUUUCUUUGGACAACAACAUGCUGCAGGGUCCUGUUCCUGUGUUUGGGCAAGGUGUGGUCACUCUUGAUGGGAACAAUAGCUUUUGUCAAUCAAAUCCUGGUGUGCCUUGUGAUCCCAUUGCCACCACUUUGCUUGAUGUUGCUGCAGAUUUUGGGUAUCCCCUUCAGUUGGCUAGUGCCUGGAAAGGGAACAAAACUUGUCAAGAUUGGAGCUUCAUUGUGUGUGAAGGAGGGAAUAUCACUACGGUGAAUUUAGCAAAGCAGAAUUUGACCGGAACCAUUUCACCUGCAUUUGCCAAUUUAACGGAUCUAAGGAACUUGUUUCUCAAUGAUAAUAAUUUGGUUGGUUCAAUACCUUGGAGCUUGACAACUUUGCCUCAACUUGAGGUUCUGGAUGUGUCUAAUAACAACCUAUCCGGAGAGGUUCCCAAUUUCUCAGCUAAGGUGAAGUUCAUUGCUGCAGGUAAUGUUUUGCUUGGUCUUCCUGGAGAUGGAGGCAAUGGAACUAGUCCAUCAUCGGGUUCCGGUGAUGCACCGAGUGGAAGUCCAUCUAAAACAGCAAAUGGUUCUUCCCUGUCCCCUGCUUGGAUCGUAGGUAUAGCCAUUUUUGCUGUAUUUUGUAUUAUUGGCGGAGUGGUAGCAGGAUUGUUGAUAUGUAUCACUAUUUUUUGUUUAGUAUGCAAGUCUACAUCUUGGCGUGGAAAAUUUUGGUUGACCACAAAAGGUAACAAAGAUAUUGAAGAAUUCUUAAAAAAUCACGGAGCCCCAACUCUCAAAAGAUACAAAUUCUCAAAUAUCAAGAAAAUGACUGACUCUUUCAAAAAUAAACUAGGACAAGGUGGUUUUGGUGCUGUAUACAAAGGACAACUAUUUAGUGGUUGUCCUGUGGCUGCAAAGAUACUGAGGUCAUCCAAAGGAAACAAUGAUGACUUCAUCAAUGAGGUUGCCAGUAUUAGUAGAACUUCUCAUGUCAAUGUUGUCGCCCUUCUUGGAUUUUGUUUGGAAGGCCGAAAGAAGGCUCUCAUCUAUGAGUUUAUGUCCAAUGGUUCCCUUGAAAAGUUCAUUCACAGAAAGGGACAUGAAACCAUUGCAUCUUUGAGCUGGGAGAAGUUGUAUCAAAUUGCCGUAGGGAUUGCUCGAGGGCUGGAGUACUUGCAUAGGGGAUGCAAUACUAGAAUUUUGCAUUUUGAUAUAAAACCACAUAAUAUCCUUUUGGAUGAGGAUUUCUGCCCCAAGAUAUCAGAUUUUGGGCUAGCAAAGCUCUGUCCCAAGAAAGAGAGCAUUAUUUCCAUGUCAGACGCUAGAGGGACAAUUGGGUAUGUAGCUCCAGAAAUGUGGAAUAGACAUUUUGGAGGAGUUUCUCAUAAGUCUGAUGUUUAUAGCUAUGGAAUGCUGCUGCUAGAAAUGGUGGGAGCGACGAAGAACAUUAAUGCUGAAGCCAAUCAGAGUAGUGAGAUAUACUUCCCACACUGGGUAUAUGACAGACUUGAGCAGGGCAGAGGUUUGAGACCAGAUGAGGUGAUGACAACAGAAGAAAAUGAGAUAACAAAAAGAUUGACUGUAGUGGGUUUAUGGUGCACUCAAACGUUUCCAAAUGAUAGACCUACAAUUAGUAGAGUGAUAGAUAUGUUGGAAGGCAACAUGAAUUCCCUGGAAAUUCCACCAAGACCUACGCUUUCUUCUCCUACUAGACCAGCAUCUGAAUCAUCCACUUCUUGA